UUCCCCGCGGUGCUUUCCAUCCCUCCUCCGGUUCCGGCUCCAUCCUGCUCUCCUAGCGCAACAUCCACUGUCCCCGCGGCUGCCUCCAUUCUGCCUUUGGCUCAGGCUCUUUGCAUCCUCCUGCUUCGGGUUCCUUGCCUGCUCGAGGCGCUCCCUCCCUCGGAGUCCCUUCACCGACCUCCUGGUCCUCUUCCCCCGCAAGCCCCCACUCUCGCCGCUUUCCAGCCCUGUGCCGGGAGCGCGUGCCUGUGGGAGGGCCGAGCUCCGGGCUGCGCUGGAGAUGGGGCUGGGAUCCCCUACCCCAUGUCUCCCGCCCCACCCCCAGCUCGUCUCCUGCGCACAACAGUAAAGGCUGAAAAUCUGGGUCACAGCUGAGGAAGAUCUCGGACAUGGAGUCUAGGAUGUGGCCUGCACUGCUGCUGUCCCACCUCCUCCCUCUCUGGCCACUGCUAUUGCUGCCCCUCCCACCACCUGCUCAAGGCUCCUCCUCCCCUCGAUCCCCACCAGCCCCAGCCCGUCCCCCCUGUGCCCGGGGAGGCCCCUCAGCCCCACGCCAUGUGUGUGUGUGGGAGCGGGCACCCCCGCCAAGCCGAUCCCCCCGGGUCCCAAGAUCAAGGCGGCAAGUCCUGCCAGGAACUGCGCCCCCUGCCACCCCAUCAGGCUUUGAGGAGGGGCCACCCUCAUCCCAGUACCCCUGGGCUAUUGUAUGGGGCCCUACAGUGUCUCGAGAGGAUGGGGGGGACCCCAACUCUGCAAAUCCUGGAUUUCUGCCUCUGGACUAUGGUUUUGCAGCCCCCCAUGGGCUGGCUACCCCACACCCCAACUCAGACUCCAUGCGGGGUGAUGGAGAUGGGAUCAUCCUUAGAGAAGCGCCUGCCACCCUGCGGCCAUUCUUGUUUGGGGGCCGUGGGGAAGGUGUGGACCCCCAGCUCUAUGUCACAAUUACCAUCUCUAUCAUCAUUGUUCUCGUGGCCACUGGCAUCAUCUUCAAGUUCUGCUGGGACCGCAGCCAGAAGCGGCGCAGGCCCUCAGGACAGCAAGGUGCCCUGAGGCAGGAGGAGAGCCAGCAGCCACUGACAGACCUGUCGCCAGCUGGGGUCACUGUGCUGGGGGCCUUUGGGGACUCGCCCACCCCCACCCCUGACCAUGAGGAGCCCCGAGGGGGACCCCGGCCUGGGAUGCCCCAGCCCAAGGGGGCUCCAGCCUUCCAGUUGAACCGGAUUCCCCUGGUGAAUCUGUGAUACCCCCCAAGGUUGGGGUGCCGCCAAGCAGGAGGCCAAGGGGCCGGCAUAGCCCCCAUCCCACUGAGGGUGGGGCAGCUGUGGGAGCUGGGGCCGCAGGUGCUCCUGGCUCCUGCCCUUGCACACCACUCUGGAACACUCACUGGCCCCACAGGCAAUCCUACCUACUCGCCCUCCUUCAAGUAGGGGACCUCACAUAUUUGUGGCUUCUGGUCCCCCAUCCCGACCCUUGCACACUCACAUGAAAGCCUUGCACACUCACCUUCACCCUCAUGGGCCACUGCACACACUCAUGCUCUUGUACAGCCAGUCUUCGGCACCCUCUCCCAUCCACCUCUCUCCCCUCUGCUGACCCUCAUAUUCUCCCUUUUGUUUCACAUGUUUCACUUUCUCUUCCCACAUUCCAUGCUCAGCUUACUCGGUGGUCAGUGGGCGACUUAACCAUUUCCUCUCACAUGCAUUUCCGGGCCUCAUGUUGUGGUGUUGUGUGUCGUGCCCACUCUCUCCCUCAUGAACACCCACUGAUCUAGUUUCUGUGGCUCCUGCAUGCUGCCCCAGAGGUGGGUGGGAGGUGAGCUGGGGGCUCCUCGUGCCCCCAUAUGUCAUAGCCUCAUCUUAUUCUAUGUCAUGUGUUUCACUGUCACCUCCAUCUACUCCAUGGGCACUCUCGUUACCCUGAGGGCUCCCCCAUAGGAACAGGGGUAGUGAGGCCCCACACUUCUCCCCACCCACUGCUAAAUUCUAUUGUAUGGGUUUUGGGGAGUCAUCUGCUGCACUCCAUGAGAAAGGGGCUCCCAUUUGCCUUUCCCUUCCUCCAAAGCCCCUUUUGUCUUGUCUGUCCUGCCUGUCUCUGUGUGUCACUCUCUAGAAUUCAGAGCCCCCCAAGCUAGUCCUCCAUUUCCCAGCCUCCCUGAGGGCCUCCCUGAUUCCCUGGAGGCUACCAGGGACUGGAGCUAGAUGGUUCAAGGCCAUUGGGAGCUCUACCUCCCAAUCUACCCCUCCCCUUCCCGGGCUUCCUCACAUCCCUCCUUCCCUCCUGCCUUUGUUCUUCCACUCUCCCUCCUUUUGCCUCCUCACCUCAGAUUUGUCCCUACUUCUCAUUGGUUUUUUUUCCACCUUCCUUCCUUCUUCCUCUCUUACCUGGCUCCUAUGCUGUGAUAUAUAUUUUUGUAUUAUCUCUUCUUGUGGUGAUAAUCUUGAAUUCUUGUGGGAUGUAAGUUUCAAAAUUUUCAAAUAAAGCCUUUGCAAGAUACUCGA